AUGACCGUGACUUUCGCUAGCAAGAUAUUGGUACUGUUAGCCAUUAUAUUCCUGCAAGGUGCAACAUGUCAGGAAACCCACCGAUUCAACUUGGGAAACAUCAGUGCCAGCCAGCCAUCCCGAUACCAUGCAUUAGGUCUAUUUAACAAUGACCAUCCUAUCAGGAAAAGGAUUGCCGUACGAAAAUGUCCAUCCUAUAAUUUUCUUUAUCCGUUGAAAAUAUUUUCCACGGAACAACCGUACUUCUGUCCUGCUGCUUUCGUGAGCACAGAUUCGUUGCUCACAUCAGCAUUGUGCUUGAAAAUGCUUCAGCAAGGAAACGAGCAUCCAUCGAGUCACAUGUUUGUCAUCGUGGACCGAGAGGAUGUAUUCUUAUACGAAAACGGGCGUCGCUACGUUAAUAAAGUGUUCUUCCAUCCGAAGUUCGAGGAAGAACCAGCCUAUUACAAUAUUGCCAUCGUGAAGCUACGAAGCUCGAUCAGAUUCGAUCGUGAUGGUACGGGUCGCAGUCAUCUGGCCUGUUUGUGGCCCGAAUAUCGGUUGAAGAAUGCUAAUGCUGUUCUCGGUGAGUGGUUCGAGCAUCAACCAGAACAGAAUCCUGCUUUCCGUUGGCUUGACCUGCCUUUCAUAUCCCAGGAAGAAUGCCGCACAGAAUUGGCCAAAGCCGAGAGGCCGUUACUGGAGUUAAAUCAGGGUAUCCGAGAUUUUCAAGUGUGCGUAAAAGAUAAUCGAAACAAUACGAUGAUCCAAUUUUGCGAACCAAGAUCCUCGGGGCCACUUUUUAUGACACUGGGAAAUACAGUCUAUCUAGUCGGACUACCAACGGUCCACAUCGAUGACUGUGGUGUAGAAAUAGAAAUUUUCAACCGGGUUUAUCACUUUUUGGACUGGAUCGAAUCGGUAGUCUGGCCCGGUCAAGAAUGAUCUGCUUCUUUCAUUGCUGAUGAUUAAGUGAGCUUCCCCUCAUUUACGGAAA